CUGUAGUCUUUGUCAUUGUAUUGAUAAUGAAGAGUGAAGAUAGGGUAAUGCUGUGAUGAAUUUGUAAACAGUCUCUCAGUGGCUUGCCAUAGGUUUGUUUGUGUUGCCGUCCGCGAUAUUAAUUCAAUAAUGGUCACCUUCAACGUCCACGGGUUGGUACCUCCUGUAUUCACAGCCCUGAAUGAGGACUACUCCAUCAACUAUUCCAUUAUACCCACUUACGCCAAAUACUUGGCUGAUGCUGGCAUUAAAGCAGUUUUGGUCGGGGGCACAACGGGGGAGCAUAUGUCCCUUCAAGUGCAAGACAGAAAGAGGCUGAUCUCCGAAUGGGUGAAAAUUGGAAAACCGUUGGGGAUCCACAUUCAAGUUCAAAUUGGUGGCACGGCAUUUCCGUAUGUUUUAGAAUUGGCUAAAUACUGUCAGGAUGUGGGAGCAGACUCUCUCCUCACACUUCCCGAGCUUUACUUCAAGCCAUCUUCAGUAGAUGAUCUGGUCUUCUACGUGGAACAGAUCUCCAAAGCAGCGCCGAAACUGCCCGUCCUGUAUUACCACAUACCCAGUAUGAGCAAGGUAGAAUUGGACAUGCCAGCCUUUGUAGCAGCUGCCACGGCUCGCGUUCCCAAUUUCAAGGGAAUCAAAUACACGCACAACGACCUCAGUGUAGGAGCGCAAGUACUGAGGACACUCAAAGAAGGCCAGGUGGUGUUCCUUGGUGCUGAUACUCUGUUAGCACCCGCGGCGUUGCUCGGCAUCCGAUCCAGUAUUGGCACAACCUUCAAUCUAUUUCCAAGAUUAGCUUCAGAAAUCCUUCAGGCUGUGGAGAGGAAGGAUGUGGAAAAGGCCAGAACUCUCCAAGAGAAGCUUUGCAAAGCCGUUGAGGCUCAUGUCGUUGAAGGUGAUUGGGUGCCAAUCAUGAAGGCGGGCAUGGAGAUCGUAACCGGUUUGAGAAUGGGUCCCCCGGCGUUACCUCAGAGACCCAUCUCAGCUGAGGCCAAGAAGAGAAUCCAGACCAAACUAAGGGCUUUGGGACUCGCCAAGUAGACUUAAGACAAUGUGCCAUAUUGCUCAUUAUAAUGUUGUAAUUGUAAAAAUUGUCAGGUCGAGACCAUAUGACAUGACCACAUUGUCACAUUUAAUGUAGAACUAAACGCAUCAAUUCAUAGAAAUGGUAUUUAGAACUCUAUACCUUAAUACUUAUUGACUUAAUUGUCUGUCUGCAAAAUUAUUGGGUAAAAAUAAAUUGAAACUUACUGAGCAUAAAAAUAUAUAUAUCAAAACAUACAA